CAGCGACGAGGCAGGACCAGCGACCGAGGCGGCGCCUGGAAGAAUUGUAAGAAGAGGAAAUUUCCAUUGUGCGAAGAGUCUGCCCAGCUACAGACCAUCGUGAAUUUCUGGGAAAGUGAAUCGAUUUGACGACCUUUUCAAGAAAAUGCAAAAUAUGUGCCAGUGGGCGAUUUUGAGCAUCUUGCUCUGGAGUCCUCUGACCCAUGCUUCCCCGCCCACCUUCGAGUGGAAAGACCCCAACACCGACGAGAAGCUGUUGUGCGAGAAGUGCCCCCCGGGGAUGAGCAUGGCCAAGCCUUGCACCCGUAACGUGGGCACCCAGUGCAAGCCGUGUGCCAACGAGCACUACACCCAGUAUUGGAACUACGUGGACAGGUGCCUGUACUGCAACGUCCGUUGUAACAUCCUGGAGGUGGAGGUGGGGUCGUGCAACAGGACGCACAACAGGGUGUGCGAAUGCAAGCCGGGCUACCACGCCGAGUCGCUCUUUUGCAUCAAGCACUCCAAGUGCCCGUCAGGAAGCGGAGUGGUUGAGCCCGGCAACGCACGAGAAGAUACCCAGUGCAGAGUUUGCCCACAGGGGACCUUUUCCAGCAACCAUUCCAGCAGCCAGCCCUGCCAGCCCCACCAAAAUUGCUCCGCGCAAGGCCUUCGGGUCAACGUGCCUGGCACCCGUUUCCACGACACCUAUUGCACCUCCUGCAGGGCUGACAAAGGCUGGGAGGAGGGCUCAGGUAUCGGAGACUGUCACGAGGCAGCCCUUGACUUUGUAGCAUUCCAACUGAAGUCCCCACGAAGGCUCCAGCGUCUCUAUCGGAAGCUCACUCAAACUCCUCCUGGGACGCAGAAGAAGAAGGCCAUCGAAGAGCUGCAGGUGGACCUUCACAGCUACUUGCACCAGCUGAAGAACCUGCAUGGAAAGGAGCGAGCGUGGGAUAUGGUCCAGGUAGCCCUGGCCAAGAUGAAGUUGGAGCACAUUCUGAAGAAUGUCCAGAGGAGUUUCUCUGUGGGUUUAUGAGGCCCCCGCCCCCUCAGUACGGGGUUUAUUAUAUCGUCAUAAGAUAGGUAUCAGAUGGUUGGUCAU